ACGAUGUAUUCGUGUCGCUUCUGCUCCAAGAGGUUCGACACCAUUGAUAAAGUGAAGACACAUUUCCUCAAGAGACACAGCAAUACAUUGGAUAAAAGUAUGAAAAAAGAGUCGGAUUUGAAUGACGAACAAUCGGAAGGCCUUCAGAACGAGUCAAAUGAGGAACAAAUGAAUGAAGAACUCGUUGACGACAGUGUAAUUGAAGGCGAAGAGAACGUUGAGGCGAAUGACACACAAGAACUCAAUGACACGAAUGAGGAGAACGAAGACGAGGAGAAGAGUGAGGACAAUAAGAAGACCACAAUUGUUAUCAAACAACAGCGAAACCCAAACAGAGUUAAUAAAAGUAAAGUAAAGAUGAUUGAAACCGAGAGAUCCAUUCAAACCCGCAACAGAAUUAAGAGGGAAUUGCCCAACAAUUUGGAGCUAAAGAUCGUUAGACCCGACGCCUCGGCCAUUGAAUUGCCCCCAAAGAGAGGCCGACCCAAGAAGUAUGAGUUAAGACAAGUGCUGACCCCUCAGCUAAAGAAUGCUACGCGUCGUUAUCCCUGUCCUUUCGAGGGUUGCGAAUAUGUGGCCAAAUAUCGGUCCAAUCUAUGGGAUCACAAGAAAUUGCAUACCGGAGAGAAACCAUAUCGGUGCAAUUGGCCCUCUUGUGAGAUGCGUUUCCCUCAGUCACAGCAAUUGAAAUUACAUUUGCGAAGCCAUACCGGAGAGAAACCGUAUGCGUGUGAUUGGCCGGGAUGUGAGUGGAAGUUCCGGCUUAAGGGCGCUCUCACUGAUCACAAGAAGGCAGUGCACGAGGGCGUGAAGGCGUUCACAUGUGAAUGGCCAGGGUGCAACAAGAAAUUCCUACAGUCGUGUCAUUUACGUAAGCAUAUGAUGGCUCACGCGGACAUCAAGCCGUUUGUGUGCGAUUGGCCCAACUGUACAUAUAAAGCCGUUUCCAUGAGUUAUGUCACUAAUCAUAAAAAGACUCAUACGGGAGAGAAGAACUUCGAGUGCGGUUACAACGGCUGUACGAAGCGGUUUGUGAAGUCAUCGCAUGUGAACCGACACCAACAGAAAUGUCAUCCGGAAAUGAUGGGCCAAACGAUCAUCGAUGAUAACGAUGACGUCGAGAUAUCGGCUCGAAAUGAAUGGAAAACAUUUUAUGAUUACAUAGUGAUCGGCGCGGGAACUGCCGGCUCUGUAGUGGCCGCCAGACUCAGCGAAGACCCGAAGGUUAGUGUGUUGUUGAUAGAGGCCGGCGGUUCAGAAACAGUGGUCUCCAAUACUCCCGCUUUGAGCGACUCUUUACUCAAUACUGUAAUGGACUGGAAGUUUAUGUCGACGCCUCAAAACCAGUCCUGUCUUUCAAUGAAUGGUCAGAUGUGUGUUCUGUCGAGCGGUCGUGUCAUUGGCGGCACAUCUGCUAUCAAUCGUAUGACUUAUUUGAGAGGAAAUCCACUUGAUUUUGAUAAUUGGGAGAAAUUGGGUGUAAAGGGCUGGUCGUGGAGAGAUGUAUUCCCCUUUUUCAUUAGAGCUGAAAAUCAAAGCGAUGCCCAACUGUCCAAAAGUGGUUAUUACGGAGUUAACGGGCCUUUAGUUAUAAACAAUAAUCACGAAUACAAUCAAUUGCUUCAGUCGUGGAUCUUCUCAUCUCAUUUAUGCGGUCAUAAAAUAAGUGAUUUAAACGCCGACUAUUUGGGCGCUUCUGUACUCCAAACCAACACCAAUGAGGGAAGACGUGUGUCGACGGCCACCGCUUAUUUGGAGCCAAACAUAGAGCGUCCGAAUCUGCAUAUUCUGGCCAAUGCUUUAGUCACACAAAUAUUGUUUGAAAACAACACAGCGAUUGGCGUGAAUUUUAUAAGAAAUUGGCAUAAUUUUGCUGUUUAUGCCAAACAAGAGGUUAUACUCUCCACCGGAACGAUAAACUCCGCCAAACUUUUGAUGCUUUCGGGAAUCGGACCCAAAGAUCAUUUGGAAGAACUCAAUAUUCCUGUCAUUUCUGAUUUACCGGUUGGCAAUAACUUUCACGACCACAUCGGCACUUAUGGACUCCACUUCACUGUUAACACAACAAUCGAAGAGCCGCUAACUGUUCAAAGUCUUAAUCAAUACUUUAAUUCUGGCAAAGGGCCGUUAAGUCAAAGCAGAUUCGCCGCAACUUUAUUGCAGUCUAAAUAUACUAAUAUAAGCACUGAAUGGCCGGAUAUUAUGUUAAUGACAUCGACGACGAGUCCGGGCAGAGAAAAUAGCGGAGAAACUACUGAACAACGAAAUGGUUUCAAGAAAGAAGUGUGGACUCAGUUCUAUGGGCCGUAUUCUGGCCUUGCUCAAUUUACUGUUUGGCCCAUACUGUUGAGGCCCAAAAGCAGAGGUUGGGUUCGACUCAAUAGCCCAAACCCUUCCGAUCAGCCCUUAAUUAAUCCAAACUAUUUGACGGAAUCGAGCGAUAUAUUAGUCUUAAUGGAAGGCAUGAAAGAGACGCUUAAAAUUGCAAACUCUCGACCCCUGCAGAGCUUAAUGCCCAUCCCUUUUGUAACAUUAGUGCCCGGAUGUGAACCAUAUCUUAUGAAUAAUCAAUCUCUCGAAGCAAAGGAUACUUUAAAUACUACCUUCUUUACCGAUCCAUACCUUCAAUGUAUGGCCAGAUCUCUGACAGUAAGUACAGGUGAUUACGUGGGAACGUGUCGUAUGGGUUCCGAUGAGGACAGGAAUAAAGUGGUCGAUUCCCGGCUUAAAGUGAUGGGAGUAAACAAUCUUAGAGUAAUAGACGCUUCAGUGAUUCCAGUGAUACCCACUGCUAAUACAAAUGCUGUCACUGUUAUGAUCGCUGAACGCGGCUCUCAUUUCAUUAAAUUUGACUAUCGAUACAAGAAUUUAAUACUUUUUUAA